AGGCCAUUUUGUUUUUGUUGUGGACCGGCAGUCGCCUUCGGCGGAGCGCACCGUGUACGUAGCGGAGCUUGCGACGCUGUUCUUGUGUUCGUGUAUUCCAGUAACUAAUGGGAAAAUCCGAGGACAGUAUGCCACAGCCAGCACCAAAGGACACAGUAGUAACUGGUUAUGAUGCGGAAAGGGAUCCAGUUAGAAAGCCAUACGGUGGGGCACCAACUGGAAACGUCACUGCAGAAGAUCCUCUAAUGCCCGGCGGCAUGAUGAAGGUGCCACUGACGCUGGGGCCGGAGUCGUGCACCGUCGUAUGUCCAGCGUGUUACCAAACCAUCCAGACAGACGUGGAGGUCAAAACAACAUCCGAGCCAAACGUGCUUUCUAUCCUAUGCGAUCUCCUUUCAAUAGGAGAACCCAAGGACAGUAUGCCACAACCAGCACCACACGUCGCAGCGCCAGUUGACCACAAAUCUGCAGGGUAUCCAGCACAACAUGGAGCACCAACUGCGAACGUCCCUGGAGUAUAUACUACACGACCAGGCGGUAUGGUGGCGCUGCCACUGACCCUCGGCCCUCAACCGUGCAACGUCGUGUGCCCAGCGUGUCACCAAACCAUACAGACGGCUGUGCAGACCAAGGCGACCACGAAGACGCACUUAAUGGCCCUCCUAUUGCUCGUCGUUGGAUUUUUUCCCUGUUUCAGGUGCUGCUGCAUCCCGUACUGUGUAGACAGCUGCCAGGGGAAACACCACUAUUGCCCCAACUGUAAAGCUUUCAUUGGAGCUUACGAUCGAUAGUUGUCUCGUGACUCUCCGUAUUCAGCACUUUGUUCUGCAAGCCGAGGUGAUAAUCACCAGUUCCAGUACAGACUCCAUACAUGUCACCUGUAAGAAAAUACACUCUGCCUGAGUGAUGUUGUGAACUGGUACCAAAUCACAGCUGCUCUUUUAAACUACCGAUGGUGCGAAGUGCUGAAAACAUAACGUGAGUGCAGUUACAACGUUCUCUUUCCAUCCAUACCAACACAUGUUCUUCGACGUAACGCAAAUUAUCGGUAAAUUUAAGAAAAAUCUCGUUGGUAUCAUGAAGUCUACGGAUAUUUACGUGAUUUUCUACUGUUUAGUGAGAGAUUGUAUCGGUAUAUCAGCCACUGCACUGGUUUCACUGUGUGAAAUGUGACAGUGAGCACUUCUACCAAACUUCAUAAGAGGCAAGAUCACCUUUUUUCACAAACUUAUUGGCCACUUCAUUGAUUUCAUUAUGUGAAAUGUGAAAGUGACCAGUUCCUCCAGGCUUCAUUAGCGGCGAGAUUUUUCAGUGAUUUCUUACAAUGUGCAUCAACUGUACUGUUUUAACGAUUCUGGCAGAAAAUAAAAAGCCAUGUGACUGAAAAACA